CGAUUUUCGUGUGGAGGACUGGUGGUCGUUCGCUCCGUUUUGUCGGUUGUUCUAGUUCUAUAGUUGUGGUGGUAUUUAAACAAUUUGAAUGGGAUUAUUUUGUAAAAUUAAAGUUUUAAGUGGUGUGUGAUCAAAGCCGGGUCAAGAUGACUAAGGAUAGAUUAGCAGCUCUUGUUGCGGCGCAAAGUGAUGAUGACGAUGUCGGACCCGAUGAUGUUGCUGUCAACGUCGAGGGUCGCGAGGGCUUCAUGGAUGCAUUUUUUCAAGAGGUGGAGGAGAUACGGGACAUGAUAGACAAGAUCCAGGCGAAUGUGGAGGAGGUGAAGAAGAAACAUAGUUCCAUCCUCUCGCAGCCGCAGAGCGAUGAAAAGAUGAAACAAGAACUAGAGGAUCUAAUGGCUGACGUUAAGAAGACUGCCAAUAAAGUCCGUGCCAAGCUAAAGGUUAUAGAACAGAGUAUAGAAACCGAGGAACAGAACAACAAAUCGUCGGCCGACCUGAGGAUACGAAAAACGCAGCAUUCGGCGCUAUCCAGGAAAUUCGUGGAGGUGAUGACCGAGUACAACCGGACGCAGACGGACUACAGGGAGCGGUGUCUGGCGAGGAUAAAGCGGCAGUUGGAAAUUACGGGUAGAACAACCACCAACGAGGAGCUUGAGGAGAUGCUGGAACAGGGCAACCCAGCUGUGUUCACACAAGGUAUAAUAAUGGAAACGCAACAAGCCAGGCAGACCCUGGCCGACAUCGAGGCCAGGCAUGCUGAUAUCAUCAAGUUAGAAAAUUCAAUUAGAGAAUUACAUGACAUGUUUAUGGACAUGGCGAUGUUGGUGGAGAAUCAGGGAGAGCUCGUGGACAGGGUGGAGUAUCACGUGACAACCGCACAGGAUCAUGUGAAGGGAGGACAUAUGAACCUCAGCCAAGCGCAAAAGUAUCAGUCGAAAGCUAGAAAGAAAAAGAUCCUCAUCAUAAUCUGCCUCAUAGUAGCUCUCAUCAUAUUAAUUAUUAUAUUAGCAGUUACAUUAAAAUGAUCCUCAUCAUAAUUUGCCUCGUAGUAGCUCUUAUCUUAUUAAUUAUUAUAUUAUCAGUUACCCUUACGGGGGCUUAACUGGAAUUUUAAAAAGUAAUACGAAAAGAGCUUUCUCCAAACGAAUAAUUAAUGAAUGUACGUUUCUGUUGUUGAUCCCAAACGUCGCUCCUGUGGACUUGUAUUUCAAUAAUUUAUAGUAGAAGUCGAAUUGUGAACUGUACUGAUUUACCGUGACCCUUUGAUCGCCAGUAGAAAGGUCUUUUUGGAGUGAUUUAAUUACUAUUUAGUACUGUCUAAUUCUGUCUUAUUAAAGUAACAAUUAAUAUUGGAAAAUGUAUAAAAAAUUGUGCCUAUUUUACCUACAUAGAACAAGAUUCAAAGUGUGUACAAAUAAGCUUAGUAAUUAAACAACAUAUUAAUAUCAGUCUGAGCAAUACAAAAAAAUUGGAGAUAUAUGUUAUUUGAAUUGGAACAUAUAGAUUUUUAAUUUAAGAAAUCUCAUGCUGUGAUUUUGCUACAUGGUGAAAUUUGGAUAACAAAUAUUGAAAAUUUGUUUUUGUUUAGACAAGAAUAUUGAAUCUUUAAAAAAAUUCUCUAAGAGUACUCUUAGUUCUAAUGUUAAAAAUAUUGUAUUUCCCAUAAAAGCUAAUAGUUGAUCCACUUUGUGGAAAAAGAUUUCAGGGUAAUUGCUAUUAAGUUUUUCGAGACGGAACAAAUAGUAGCAAAAAUAUUUUGGAUUAUAUAAUAAUUACAUUUGUACGUCAAAUUGGAUUUAGAAAUAAAAAAUAAAUUCUUGAAUUAUCAAAGUAAAGAAGCUAUAUCUAUAUCUGAAUACGAGGAAAUUUUUAAGCUAAACAAAAUAUCAAUACAAAAUUUUUUAGCAAUAAAACGUAAUUUGUUAUUCAAUUUUGCUUAAGUGGUGGUCUUCUAUAGCUUGUAAAUAUGAUAGUUUUGCAAUAUGCAAUAUGUAGGCUUGGAAAAUGUAGAGUAGAUGAUCCUCUUUAGUUUAAAUGACUAUAUAGGUAAUCAAUACGAGGCUUAAGUAAUCUUUUAAUUAUUUAAAAUACGAAGAAACUGCCGUUUCGUAUUUAGUUACUUUUUGCUUUGUUAAGUUGUGGUAAUCUUAACGAAUUUCUUGCCCUAGCUUUUUUCUGUCUAAAUAUUGAAAUAUUGGAAUUGAAAUUGCUACUUGUUGCGCCAUUUGUGUGAAUAAGGCUUAAGAAAAUUAAAAUAUAUUUAAACGAGAAUGACAAUAUCGUUACUCAAGCCUCGUGUUGCGUUGUUAUACACACAGUUGCACUAUAUAAAACUGUGAUUUCUUCUUCAGUAAGUAAGUAUAGUGUGAUAAUUCAUAUUGCAUCACAACAUCCUUUGCAGUUUGUAGUAAUUUCACAAUACUCAUUUUAGUUUCAUAAAAAAAGAUCCUAUUAGUAAAAACGCAAAUGUAUGACUAUUCCGGUAUGCUGCCAAACUUUGAAACCUUGUAAGUUUUAUUUUGUUUUUUUUUGCCUAUAUUUUUCAGAUAUGACUAGUUUUAUUUAAAAAUUUGCUUUUUUUGUAUAUAUUUUUCCCAGUUAUCAGAACUGAUAUAUUUAAAAUAUUGUUGAUGUUAUAUUUUUGAACUCUUCAUUUUUCUGCAUUUAGUCACCGUUAAUUUACAUUUUUUGGCAUUUUAGUAUUUUUAUCCAGAUU